AUGCAGGGCAUCCACGGCUCUGUCGAGCACGGUGCCUACCCGACCGCCGUGCCGGGCAAGGCCACGGCGUACACCGGCGAUCUAGGUGACGACCGCGGCGACGGGACCAAGUGCCUACGGGCCUCGCUGCGCACUGGGAAUCCGGUCCGCGUCCUUCGCAGCACGGGACCCAAGAAGGCGCUCGCUCCCUCCGUUGAAAUUCGGUAUACCUAA